AUGUCUCCCACCGCCAGUGCCCCGUCCCUCCGGACCCUCUACCGACGCCUCCUCCGCGAACUGCCCCCGACACCUCAACCACGUCACACACUGCCCCGAUCACCCCUCCACGCCUCGAUCCGGACGCAUUUGUCGUCGUAUCGGGAGGGACAGCAGCAGCAGAACUCCGCUUCGGACAAUGGAGCAGCCACGGCUGUCACGGACAACCAGCUCGCGCGCCUGCAGGAGCUGGAGCAGUUCGUCAUGUACCUGCGUGCGCAGAGGAUGUACGGCACGCUGCUGCACCGAUAUAACCCGGGGAUGGGCAUGGAUGAGGAGGAGCGGGUGCGGCUGACGGCGCGGCGGGUGGGAAUGGAGAUGCCGGUCGAGUUUGAGUGGAAGGUGAAGCAGUGA